AUGUACGAAAAGACGAGUACCGUUGAUCAAUCUCCGGAAGACAAGGCCCCGGGUACAGAGUCUCGUCUGAACGGCCUCAAAUUGCCAUCUCACAUCAAGACCUCCAGAGACUCCUCAAACCUAGUCCCAGGCCAUGCGCUCCUCCUCCUCUCCGACUCGGCCCUACCACUCGGAUCCUUCGCCUACUCAAGCGGUCUAGAAUCGUACCUGGCUCACGCAAAACUCCGCGCCUCGUCGACCAGCUCGCUGUCAGCGUUCCUCUCGUUCCUCAGUCUCUCCAUCGCCUCGACGGCGAGUACUUCUCUGCCCUAUCUACUGGCGGCGUACAGACACCCCGUGGCCCUGGAAACAAUUGACAAUGACAUGGACGCCGCAACAACCUGUAUCGUUGCGCAAAGGGCGAGCGUUUCCCAGGGCCGCGCUCUGCUUAGCGUAUGGGCUAGAGCGUUUCGACAGGCGUAUGCCCCUGCGCCUGACGGGGGUAGUAGCGCAGCAGAAAGAGCCAAGCAGGCCCUGGAGGGCCUUUUUGAAGCUCUACAGGGUAGCGAUGGCACUGGCGAGGAACUAGGGGCCAAGGGUCACUUUGCGCCGCUGUGGGGCGCGGUGAGUCUGGCGAUGGGACUGGCGGUACAGCAGGCGACGUAUGUAUUUAUGGUGAACCAUGCAAAGGCGGUGCUCAGCGCUGCUGUGCGGGCGUCUGUCAUGGGUCCUUACCGGGCUCAGUCGAUCCUUGCUAGUCAGAGUCUGCAGGAUAUGAUUCUGGAGCGGAUAGAGAGGGAAUGGGGGACAAGUAUGGAACAGGCAGGACAGGUGGUUCCUAUGCUUGAUCUAUGGCUUGGGAGGCAUGAGCUUCUUUACAGCAGGAUAUUCAAUUCUUGA